AUGACAGACCCAGCUCGCAAAGCGCGCUCGGCAAUCUGCCACAAGUGUCGUGCUACGACCAAGAAGCUUUUCACCUGCAUUCAAUGCAAUAAUCUCGCAUUCUGUGACGAUUGCUGGUCCGAAUGGGAGCUUCACGAGCCGGGUGCUGUCGGCUGGGAUGGUAGACCGCACGAGAAGUCUAAUCCCCAGGUGGUCCAGAGAUUGGGCGAAAUCCUGGAACCCACCCACUCAACGACUGAGCACGAACUCGAAUUCCAAUCCGAUGAAGAUACCACAUGGUUUGGAGUUGGGCGAGACUCAACCAAUCAACCCAUACUGCAAGACUAUGGACGAUUCGCCACGUUGAUGAGCGAUAAUCAAACCCCAGACAAUGGGAAUCGGUACCCUCAGCUUGUGUCGUUCAUUGGGCAAACAGGGGCCGGUAAGAGCACGUUGAUCAAGAUGCUGAUUGAUAGGCUUGCCAUGCUUGACCGCGGGGCAAAGUAUCCGUCGCCUGUUACUUCGUCUAAUAACGACCGCGUUCCGACAACUGGCGAUGUCCACCUCUAUGCCGAUCCGAUGUCUUACAACACCCAAGCACCUGUACUAUACGCAGAUUGCGAGGGUUUAGAUGGCGGGGAAGCUGUACCAUCAGGUCUGCGCCAUCGUACAAAGGGAAAAGAGGAGGCUCUAGGGAUCCUCAACGAUGUCACGAAUGUCAUGGGCAAGACUGGUCUAGGCAGAUCGCCGAAGCCAUCAACUGCUAGUCGUUCUUCUGGUGUCAUUGAUACAUCCUCGAAGCGAAAGUUCGGAAAAUCGCGCUACGCAUCUCAACGGGACCUCGAAUGGGCAGUAACACCAGAAACGAAGAAGAGAGAAUACGCAGUCACACAACUCUAUCCCAGACUGCUCUACACCUUCUCAGACGUGGUUGUUUUCGUACUGAGAAACCCCAGGGCUUUUGAAUCCACUGUCCUCGACAAGCUUCUGGAAUGGGGAUCGGCUUCGAUCGACAAGUCGCUGAACCAGCCUGCUCUCCCCCACGCAGUCAUUGUCCUCAAUGCGACAGACAAUGUGGAUGAAGAUGAAUGGAAUAUUGAGACCGCGACUGCUCGUCUUCUCGAUGACAUUAGUGGAGCGAUUUUCCGUGAACCUCGAUUCGAAGAGCAAGCCAGGCUUUGGCAGGACAUCGGUCGAACCAUUAACACUACCAAAGACUUACUCGACUGCUACUAUGCUUCGACCUCCGUCAUUCGAGUUCCGUCUCGCGGUCGCUACAUGCUCAUGGACGAUCAGAUGGGGAAGUUAUUUGAGCUGAUCAACAAAAGAUGCCAAGCGUCUCUACUGACCAAGAAGCGUGUUCGAAUGCUCGCAACUGCCGACAAGUUGCAGGUCUACCUCCACGCAGCUUACGAUCACUUCUCUCGCGACCUAGAUACCCCAUUUGAUUUUGUCAAGGAAGCACUUAAGCACAAUCCCAUUCCACAGGACUUCAGUGGCAACAUCUUGAACUUGGCGAUCUCAAUCACCAACAACUCGACACAAAUUGCACAACAAGGUGGAGGAACUCAACGGAUCUUCGAAAAGAUGGUGCCAAUGAUAUCCUCCUGCAUCAUGCUAGACUCAGUCCGUCAGAACUUCCUGGAAGGAUACGCGGACUUUUAUGCGCCAUGCACUUUUUCUCAUCCUAAAUAUGAAAAAUGCUAUAACGUCAAGUUUGGGCAUGAUCCAAAAGGUCACCAGAACAAACAUGGACGUAUUUUUGCAGCAGGCAGUUAUCAGUCAGAUGUUGAUCUUCAAGACUUUGCUGGUCAAUGGAUUGACCAGAUUCGGAAUGACUUGCGUCAGAACCAUGCCAAGUUUCUCGAUGCCACCUCACGAGUGCGCGAGCAAAGUAGUGUGGGGGACUUCAUCAGUCACUCGACUUGCUUUUCGUGCCUCAGAGAGCUCCCUGAACAUCCACUGCCGUGUGGUCACGUUUUGUGUCUACCGUUUGUCGUAGAAGAAGCUGGGGCUCCGCCUGAUGAAGCAUCAAAGAUACCCGUACCGGAGGCAAGCAUCACUGACAUGUAUCUCCGAGGCACAUUCAAACUCAAGAGGAUUCGCAUUGUGGUUAGCAAACAGCUAUCAACCACAAACAUCUUUCUGUGCUUGCGAACAGACUCUGAGCCAUACCCGCACUCGAGUAACGCAUUCCUCCCAAUCAGCGGCUUUCCUCGAGAGCUGAUGAGCGAAGAAAGUCAGAGAAAGGCACAAACACCUCGUUCAAACAAGCUUCUGAAAAGCGUGGCUGAGCUUCGCAAGGCGAAUACCCAACGAUAUAGAAGUAUGAGGGAACGCGCUGGCGCUGUGUCUGGGAUGCAUGACCAUCUGGACGACUCUAGUUCUUCCUUGAGCACCCAGAGGUCGCGAGUAUCGGGAGAUUCGAAUCGGUCUGCUCCUAUCACUCCAGCCGACGUCGGCAAAUGGUCGGCUGGGAAGGACGAGUUGUUGAGCCCCGAGAAGUUCAUAUUCGAAUUGGAAGCAUAG